AACGGGAAACAAGAUGGCGGCGGCAGGUCCGAGCACUCGGGCUUCUUCCGCGGCGGCCGCGGCAGCUCUGAGUCGGCGGGGCCGACGGGGCCGCUGUGACGAGAUGGCGGCAGCGAAAGCCGGGGUUCCGGGCCCGGCCUCUAGCCCCGCGUUGUUAGUGUUGCGGCCAGCGCCACGGCCGGAGGAGUCGGGCUGCACCGGGUGCCUGGAGACCCCGGGGGAAGUGGCGGCCCUGCCGUGCAGCCACUCGCGGUGCCGAGGCUGCGCCUCUCGCGCGGUGGGCCCGGGCUGCCGUCGCUGCCGUCCCCGCGGCUCGGGCUGGGCCCGCCGUCGGGCCCGUGACGACCGCCAGGCCGCCGUGAAGCUGAUGGGCGAGCGCGCCCGUCGCGGACAGCCGGAGCGCUGCCGCCCGCGCCGGGACGGGGGCGCGGCUGCCUCGGGGCCCAGGCCGGAGCCGGAGCCGCUCGCGGAGCCAGAGUUUAUAUUCAGAACACCGAUCAAAUUAAGCAAGCCCGGAGAACAUGGUGAGGAAUGCAGAUACCUGAGAAAGCUGAGAGGAGAGAAGCUACAAGAAGAAAAAGUUUGUGAAGAUCAGAUGCACAAGAUACUGCAAGAAGAUUCCGAGGUGGGGAAGAGGAAAACUGAUGAACAGAAAAAAAGAGAUGAGCCAGUGGGGUUGAAAACAAGUCUGGAGCAGUGUCCUGCACGUCUCUCGGAUUCAGAGAAUGAAGAGCCUUCUCGGGGCCAGAUGAUACAGACCCAUCGCUCAGCCUUUGUUUCCAAGAACAGUUCCUGCUCCUUAGCUUUGCUGGCAGGGAAGCUAAACACCAAGGUGCAGAGGAGCCAGAGCUGCAGUGACACAGUUCAGGACAGAGUGAGGAGCCGGCUCAGGACAGCUCCACCCAGCAGAGCCAAGAUCACAGCUAUAACUCCAGGCUCUACCCCUAUUAUUGGUGUUCUCUUGUCUACUCAGAACAACCGCUGCCUCUCCGCCCCUGACUUGACCGUAGAGAAGCGCCUGCCCUUCAGCUCCCUUUCACCCUUGGCUUCCCUUCAUAAGCCAGAGCGCUCUAUCAGCCCUGAAAGCAAUGACAGCAUCUCUGAAGAGCUGAACCACUUCAAGCCUAUCGUCUGCUCACCAUGCACCCCUCCCAAGAGACUCCCUGAUGGCCGGGUGCUCAGCCCUCUCAUCAUCAAGUCAACGCCUCGAAACCUGAGCAGAAGCCUGCAGAAGCAGACUUCGUAUGAGGCCAGUCCUCGCAUCCUCAAGAAGUGGGAGCAGAUCUUCCAGGAGCGGCAGAUCAAGAAGACCCUUUCUAAAGCUACUCUCACCUCCCUGGCCCCUGAAGCAGGGGAAGAAUUACCAGGUUCUGAAUCGAUCGAUUCUAGCAAGGAGAGGCCAUCUCUGGCCUUAAGUACAAGGCUGUCCAGGGUCCAGGCGCUCUCAGAGUGUGCUGGGCCCGCCUCCACUGUCCUUGAGUACUUCCCCUCUGUUAACCAGACAAAAGCAGAACAGGACUGUGUUAGAAAAAGGAGCCAUGAGGUCCCACUGGAAAGCUGCCAUUCCUCAGAGCACAGAGGAGUAGCCAGUGGGCCUUCUUUGGAGGGGGAACAGUCUGAGGAGUCAGGGUCCACCGUGGAUGCCACAUUAGUUAAAACUUGCAUAAGCACAGCCAUGAAGACUACAGCAGUUAAUUCAUUGCUACCCAAAAAUGAUGUUUUGGGUAAGGUCCUCAAAACAAAGAAACAACUAAAGACACUCAGUCAUUUUGAUCUGGGUAAUGGCAUUCUGGUCAACAGCCUAGGAGAGGAGCCAAUUCCUUCCCUGCGUAGAGGCCGGAAAAGGCGCUGUAAGACCAAGCACUUGGAACAAAACGGUGUUAAGAAACUGCGACCACCCAGCAGUGACAUGGUCCUGGCCCCUAAAGACCCAGGGAUGCUUGAGGUGGGGCAGAAAUCACAGCAGGAGGAAGAGGACCAGCAGCUGGUUCUGCAGUCACAGCGUAUGUUUGACAGUGAGAGGCGGACUAUGAGCCGGCGGAAAGGAAACGUGGAUCAGUAUCUCUUGAGGUCCAGCAGCCUGGCUGGGGCCAAGUAGCACUUAAUGUACAAAGUAAUGUUACCUGCUUUUCAGAGGUCCUUGGCCUCAAUCAUUUAUCCAAAAGAGCUAGCUGAAUGUUCUCCCUUUAAGUUUCUUUCAAUGACAAAACACUGUCUCCUAUGAUCCUGAGAGGAUCCAGGGCCUUGGUAUGCAAAAGCCAAGUGUCUGCAUCUUUGGCUUUCUAGGACCAGGGCCAGGGCUCCUCACCCUUUGAGUGAGCCAACUCUGAAGGCUUCUGAGCCCAAAUCUGGCAGCAUCCACUUGGAAUGAGCUUGGAGUGCCCUCAUUCAUGACCAUGAUGGCCAGUGUCAGAGAUGCUAGGGAGAUGGGGUUCUUACCACACAGUGGUGUUUUAAGUUAGCCUUGCAGAUAAACAUGGAUUCUUUUCAGAGACAAGCAGUACCAGUACUUUGGAAGAGCCAAGAUAAAUAGAUGCUCAUGUUCUUUCUCUCCCCUUUGCCACAAGUAAUUUCUGCAUAUCCAAAUUAGUGGAGCUUAGAACUUUUGCCUCUACAGAAAUUAAUUUACAUUCUCUGUUUAAACUCUGACAUUUGAUCCAAGCAGUGUGGUUGACACCUGGUCUUCCUGAGACCUAAUGUGUAAGUGCGGUCAGCUGGAUGAUGAAGCCGCAGUGUAGAUGUCCAGGUUCUCUUAGUUGUCAAGCGGCCCAGCCCAGACUGAUCACUGGCUCUCAUGGCCAUAAGUCCCAUGGAUUCUCCACAAUCACAGGGUGCCCAAAGGAAAUACAACCUAAGGGCAUGCCAGGGCCACCCAGGGAGACUGGCUAGGCACUGAGCAUGACAGUGCAAAGCCCACCUAGAAGCACUUCACCUUGACGGGAUGUAAAACAGAACUGCAGUGACCUCACCUAGCUGGCUUACAGGCUCCUGUUCUUCUAGGAGCCCUGGCCUGGGAGAUGGACUGUGAGAUUUCCUUACUACUUUCCAUGUGGCAAUGGCUAUCUGCAAUUUUUGGUCUAAAAAUCAUGAAAAAACUUGCCCUAAAGUCAGGCAAAAGACAAAGUUGAAACUCCAUACUGUGGAAACAAGGUAUCUAGCUGGAUGCAGCUGGUAAAUUCAGUCCCAUGGACCUUUGGGGUUUAUUUUUCUUAGCAGCUGACACCAUGUGUCUUUUGCAUCCCUGGUGGUGCUUGGUGCUUCUGCCCUUCUGGGCUCAUUGAGAAUAGGGAUUCUGAUACGGUUUUAGGGACUCUCAGGUGGGCUGGCCUUUCCUGUGUUUGUAUGUGUAUGUAUGUUUGUUUGUAUUACCAUAGUCAUGUGACUGACAUUUUAACAAUCCUUCCAGAGCUUUUAUACCAAUCCUAUGUUGUUCCCCUUAAAAGGUCCCAGAAAGAUACUGCAUAGUUGUCUGGCCACGUUGCCUUUGAUCAGAAUGUUUCUGAAACAUUCGAAGUCUAGAAGGAGCUGCAGCUUGGGCUCAAUGCUCUGUGCCGAGGGAGAUGUCAGUCUUUGGGAGUUCUACAAGAAAGAACUUCAGAUUCAGAGUUAACUAGAAACUGGUUGAAGCUUCUGAAGGUGGGAAGAAGGUUGUGGAGUCCCGAGCACGGUGUCCUUUGAAGCAGACAGAGCUGAUUUCUCUGCAGCUCAUAGUUGACUGUUCCAGGGAUGCUAGAUGUGUGUGGUCAUUAGUAAAGGUGGCUUCAGAGGCUGCUCUGGCAGGAACCUCUGUGAGUCUGGAGUGUGGGCGUAUGUUUUUAAAACAUGCAGUAGUCUCAUUACUUUAUAUGCUUACCACUUUACUUCCCAUCCUAGGCAACUUACGGCUUUUAGGGCUGCUGGAAGGCAUGCUAGUGCCCCAGGGAGGAUCCUGCCCUGGCUGCAAACACCAGGAAAUUCCAUUAGGGAAACUUAGAAAUGUCUACCAUUUCAUGUAUUUCCUUUAUGAUCUUAGUAAUUGUUAUUGGAAGGCUAGUCUUACUGGGUAGCAUUAAAGACUCUUAUUUUUCCACUUGCCACCCUUUUAUAUGUCACUAAUGCUUAGAAAAAACACUUUCAGUUGGAAUUAAUUUUUGGUUUUGGUAAGAAGAUAAAAUAUUUUAAUAGAUGAAAGAUAUAUAUAUUUUAAAUAUCCCCCUUCCCCUAGUGACUACCUUGAUAAGAGUGCAUAGUGACAAGUGUGGGCUCAGGUGCAGUGUUGCUGUUGAGUGAGUGUUGCAGACACUGGCUGUCCCUGUGUACUCCCAGGGAGAUCCCGAGUACUAUAGACAGUGUUCUUUCCCAUACUUCCUGCUGAGAGCAGUGGCCCUUGAAGUAGAGGCAAAACAGUUUAUGUUGAGAAGGAAUGGCUUACUCUUUAAUUUGCUUACCCUUGAAAAUGGAAAAACGACUAAAGUAUCUGCAUGCAAGAUGCUCUCAAACUUAGUCAGUGAAACCUGAACACCUCAUUUCUGAAAAUUCCCGUCUUGGUGUUUGACUGAAGUCCAUCGCAACCACAGUUGUUGACAUGGAUGCCUACAGAGUAGAUAGUCCAGGGGAAUGGAUUGUGUGAGAGGCUGGUGAGCGAGAGGGGAAGCCACCAUUCAUAGAUAGUUCUCCUAGUCACUGCAGUCCUUGUGACCUGCACACUGCCCACUCUGCCGUGCUCCUUAGUGUGUGCAUUCUGUUCAUCUUUUUCUUAUUAAAGAGGAAACUGUGAGGGA